ACAACAUGAUCGGCAUUAAAUAUCUCAACGAUGCCCACCUUAAGGGGUUCGAAAAGUACAAGUACAACUGCGUUGACACUAGUAUUCUUAGCGUUUAUGUUAUGCACCCGUUCUGGAACAAGGUCGUUCUAUUUUGUCCCCGAUGGAUAGCACCCAACCUGCUUACGUUCACCGGCUUUCUUCUGACGGUGGUGAAUUUCUUCCUAAUAGCGUAUUACGAUUACGAUUUUCGGGCGGCCACCAAAACUCCCAUACCCAUACCGAACUGGGUAUGGAUCUUAGCAGCGAUCAAUCUUUUUGUAGCUUAUACUUUAGACGGUAUCGAUGGCAAGCAGGCACGAAGAACUGGAACCAGCGGGCCGCUGGGCGAACUGUUUGAUCAUGGUCUCGAUUCCUACUCGGCAGUACUCAUACCGAUCUACAUGUUCACCAUAUUCGGUGCGGCUGAUCUACCGCCGGUACGAAUGUUCUUCAUCACACUGAACGUGUUUCUUAACUUCUAUCUCCCGCAUGUGGAGAAGUAUCUUACCGGUGUAAUGUUCCUGCCAUGGGGCUAUGAUUUUGUUAUGUGGGGAGUUUCGAUAACAUUGGCGAUCACGGGAAUUUUCGGUGCGGACUUCUGGCAGAUCCCAGUGUUUGGCAUGAAACCUUGUCACAUAUUCGAGCUAACGCUUUACGUUUCCGCCGUCAUUACUAGUCAUCCUAUUAUUAUAUAUAACGUCUACAAAUCUUACCGUGACAAAACCGGUAAAAUGCGAACAUUUAGUGAAGCAAUUCGACCACUGGUACCACUCAGCAGUCUAUUUAUCCUGUGUACCGCAUGGGUGCUAUGUUCCCGAAACGGAAUCAUCAAUAUGGAACCACGGCUGUACUUUAUAAUGUGUGGCACACUUUUCUCCAAUAUUUGUUGCCGACUAAUUGUAGCACAAAUGUCCGAUACGCGGGCAGAUCUUUGGAACGGGUUGCUCAAUUUACUCUGUGCAGUUACAUUCUUCACUAUCCUACCGUAUCCGGCACUUGGAUUGCCCGACCUGAGCAUCCAGAUCGAACGAUACCUGCUCUACGGACUAACGUUCUGCGUAACGAUCGCGCACAUUCACUACGGUGCAGGAGUAGUACGGGAAAUGUGCCACCAUUUCCGGAUCCGUUGUUUCAAAGUAAGAUCGGAUGCUAGUAAACGUACCACCACCACGAAUACUAAUAACCUAGAUGUUAACCGUAAUGGUAGCUAUCCUAACAAGCAUCAUCUUAACCACCGCCAGACCAAGUCCAAGUAGUGUGGAAAUGCUCUGUAGAGAAA